AGAGAUGUGUGUAUAAUUUUGCAUAUCUGUGCCUCUCUUUGUGUGCGUGCAUCCCUGUGAUUGGCAGGCCUAUAUUUAUCUCUGUGCACAUGCAUUCAGCGUCCCAGGCCCGACAAUGCUACAACUUUCAACACAUCUACUUCGGGCCCUUUGACCUCAGCGGCAUGAAAUUCCACAAUGUCUCCUGUCCCCAUGGAUGCUCUGAGGCUGUCUUGUCCCUGGACACUGGCUACCGCGCCUCAGUGACCGUGGUACAGAAAGGCUGCUGGACAGGCCCGCCUACCGGCCGAAUGCUGUCCGACGACCACGCGCUGCCGCCAGACUACUCGGUGGUGCGCGGCUGCGCGACCGACUUGUGCAACGUCGACCUCAUGACCCACGACUCCAUCCCCAAUUUGAGCCCGGCGCCCAACCCGCCGACGCUCAGCGGCUUGCAGUGCUACGCCUGCUUGGGGAUCCACCCGGAGGACUGCUCCCCGGAGAAGUCUCGACAGGUCCACUGUCACCAGGACCAAAGUGUCUGCUUCCAGGGCAAUGGCCAAAUGACCGUCGGCAAUUUCUCAGUCCCCGUGUACAUCAGAACCUGCCAUCGGCCCUCCUGCACCAUCAAGGGCACCUCCAGCCCCUGGACAAACAUCGACCUGCAGGGCUCCUGCUGUGAGGGGCACCUCUGCAAUAGGGACUCCGUGACCCAGCCCUUCACCGCUGCCUCGGGCACCGCCCCUUCCCAGGCGCCCUUCCUCAUGGCCCCGCUCCUCAUGGUCCCCCUGCUGGUGGGCACUCUGGGAGGACCCCUUGUGCCCCUCUCUUAGACAGCCCCUCCAGCCUUUUUAUGAGCAGGAUGCUGGGGGCAGGCACGCACCCGCUUCUAGAAACUUCAGCCUCUGUAAUGUGGCUCACUGGGAAAUGAUGUCACACAAGAGUUGCACUCCUGUCUCUCUCUGCCACCACCCCCCACCCCCGCCACUUCCCUACCCCUGCCUUGCCCAUACCUGAUCAGCAGGCCUGGGAGAAAUUGGGAAAGGUCCCCAUCAUCCCAGGGUGGGGAGACACAGCCACAUCCUGGCCCACAUGAAGAGCAAUCCUGACACCAGGGAGGCCCCGGCACCCCGCAACCCACUUUCCUCCCUCUAGAGCCAGCAUAGAGCUACAAGAAUGUCUUUAUUUGUAUCGUCAUGAGAGUUUCGAGAGGCAGCAUAUCCUAGGAGCUAGGAGCACAAACUCUGGAGCCAGCCUGCACGGGGUUCAAAUCCCAGCUCUACCAUCUAGCCUGUGGCUAGUUACUCAACCUCUCUGCACCUGUUUCCUCACCUAUAAGGCAGAGGUGAAAAUAAAACCUACACUAAUGACAA